CGGCAAAGAGGGGGGGGAUGACUAGGGGUGUGUGGAUAUCAUGAAGUGGGUCAUGAUAUUUCCCCAGAUUUCAUGACGCCUCCCCUUAUUUCAUCCGUAGCCAUGUUGGCUCAAGGCGUUCUCCACCAGUUGUGAACCGCACACACGCUGAAAGACCAGAUGCAGGCAUGCAGCAAUACUGUGCUCUGCGCACUGGAUUCAGAGCUCGAGGCUGUCCUGCAAAAAGACGCACAUGAGCUGGAACGAGAGAGGGCUGCGAAACGCGUGAAAUUGACGAUGGAAGGUAUAGCCAAAAAGAUCGGGCUCCCCCGAGAAGUAACAAUGUUUGGGUCUUGCUCGAAUGGUUGCAAAAACGGGACAUCAGAUUUCGAUAUUGCACUUGUUAGUAAGAUUGAUGCUGGACAGGCGGUGCACUACCUGGCCAAAUUUGCAGAGCAGUUGCCAUCUUGUGGCUUCGGUAACGUCACAAAGGUCUUCCAGGCGUCGACGAAGCUGUUGAAGUUUACAGACGUGAGGACACAAACGGAGGUGGACUUUUGCAUCAACAAUGACCUAGGGGUUAGGAACUCAAGGAUGCUUGGCUGCUACUGUGAGGUUGACCAGCGGGUGUCGAAACUGGGCCGGCUCAUCAAAGAUUGGGCAAAGAGGCAUGACCUGGUUGGCAGUGCCGAUGGUUAUUUGAACAGCUACGCAUACAUGCUCCUCACAGUUUUUUACCUUCAGCAGACAACGCCGCCUGUGUUGCCCAACCUGCAAAAAAUGGCAACGGAGCCUUUCCUGGUUGACAGUGACAAGUGGGGCAUGGAGGACACAUGGGACACCAAGUUUUGGGACGACAUAGGGGGCUUGGAGAAGUCGAACAACGAGAUGACCGUCAGCCAACUGCUCAUCGGCUUUUAUCAUUUUUACGGAUUUGCGUUCGAAUGGAAGUCCUGUGCGGUGUGCAUUCGGGAGUCCCAACUAGGGCAGUCGGUGAAUAAGUUCACCCUGCAGACUCGCGUCAUCGAAGAGCAGUGGUACAUCGAGGAUCCGUUCGACUUGCGGCACAAUCUGGCUGGGAGGUGCAGCCGCGCUGGUCGCGAACGGAUUCUGAGCACCAUGAGGGACACGCACGAGGUGUUGUCCAGUAAGGGCCGCUGGGAUCUUGCAUGCCCCCUCAGGGAAUCCAGCAAGCACUUCCUCAAAUGCCGCACCGCCCAUGACGUUACCCCGCAGGCCUUCCUCGAGGCUUUCGAGGAGUUCGAGUUGGUCAAGCUGCACUUUCCCAAGCCGUGCGACCAGGGCAGUUGUCAUUUGAACACGUUCCUGGAAUUUAGAACCAGUGCGGCGCGCAGGCGUGCGCACACCAAGAACGAGUGCCACCUGGAGGGGUGCUCUCAGCAGCUGCACCUGCACGCCAGUUCGCAGCACGCCCUCGAGGAUGCGAUGCAGGCCCUCGAAGCCACCGGCGGGUCGUACUCCACCUUCGAGAUGCUUCCCUACAAGCUGCAGAGGCGGGUCCAGCAGAACCGAUGCGGCCUCGAUGGUGCCAGUGCGUGGCACGGAGUGGAGCAGCAGGAGAUUCAGCUGGAUGCUGCAAUAGACAGCUGCGAGGCGGUCUUGAUUCAGCAGCUAAGCGAUGCAGCGACCCAUAUCGACUACUGCCAGUUCCGCGACAUCCUCAUGGACCACUUGAUGGAGGCGGGGAACCUGAUCUCGAGGGCUGUGCCUAGCGAGCGCCACAUCGUGGAGCGGGUGUUCGGCGGCGACUGCGCGCGCAUCUCUCGGCUGAGGGCUCUGUUGGACGCCGCAGGGCAGGUCGAGCAGCACAACCAGGCCGUGGUCGCGUGCUCGAGUGCCUGUGAGGUGGCGGAGCGCUCGCUCUGGGACCUGGGCCUCCAGGACGCCAGCCGGGACCACGCCGGCGGAGGACCUGCCGCCACACUCCCGGCACCCCUCCCGGCGUGCGCCCGGCCUCCCGGCACCUUCCGGCCGAAGCCCGCCGUCCCCGCGGUGGGCCCGUGGGUGGGCCCCUGGCGCGCCGCGGCGCUUGCGGCCUCCUCCGCGGCGUGCCCGCGGCCGCCGCCGCUGCCCAAGGGGGCCCCGCCGCCGCCCCACGGGGCCGCCGCGCCGCCGGCGCCGCCCGCGCUGCCCCCCCCCGUGGCGGUGGUGCGCGCGUCGGCGUCGGACCGCCAGUUCUGCGCGUGGGCGGCCGCGUCGGCGGCGCUCACGGCCCCCGCCGUGUGCCUCGGCGCCGCGGCGGUGCUGGCCACGUGCUCCCCGGCGGUGGCGGCGGCGGCCGCGGCGGCCACCGUGGGGCACGCCUCCGACCUCCUGCUGACGACGUCCUCGUACCUGGGCGCGCUCGCGGAGGGGGGGGGGGUCGACAACGGCGCGUUCGUGCAGAUCUUGGACAGCAGUUUUAGGCUUUUAGAGGCCGCCGCCCCGGGUCUCCUGGCGACGGCGGCAGGACUAGUCACCAGCGCGACUCAGUAUAUAACAGACGAUCCAGAUCCAGCGUAGUUCCAGCGCCGCGUAGUUCCAGCGUAGGUCCAGCGUAGUUCCAGCGACGUCGUCUCCCCGCCGGGGAGACGACGUGUCUCUCCGACACUAGUGGUGCCGACCACGGGCCAGUUGGCCACCUUGUGCUCUGCCUGAACCGAGCACGGAGUCUUAUUUUUUCCCGGCUAGCCGUGUUUCCUAGCAACGGUGUCCCAGAAACAAAAAAAAUAGAAAU